AGGCUCCAAAGAAUCAAUCUGGUGUUCAGAUUCGUAAAAAUCCUGACAAGCUUCUCCCGGUUUUGACGCAAAAUAAGGGGAAAAUAUUUUAGUCUUAUCGAUAAUGAAACCUCGUUAGGUGCCUUUUUAUCUGACCUUUUUUAAAGCAAAGGUAAAAGUUUUGUAGUAUGAACGUCCACCAAACCCCUCAAACUACCCGCAUGUACCUGGGUCUCAUGAUGAUAAUGAUGAUGAUAAAAAUGGCGACAACAAACGAUGUAGAGUCAGGUACGGCGCCACAACCGCCUCCUCCCUCCUUUCCCAACGGCGUGACAGCCCCUCCAGUCCCGCCAGAUGCCUCGGAGCUCCCGCCGACGUACGAAGAAGCCGUCCACAGCCAGCCUGGAGACGCCCCUCCCUCCUACGCCUCCUUGUUCGGCGAGAUACAAGACGCUAGGAGGGAGUCUGGCGGUUUCGUGGACUUCCUGAAAAAGUUGUUGGUCUUGCUAGCGGGAACAAUCGGUUGUACGAUCCUUCUCGGCCUUCUCAUGGCAGUCCCCAUGGCUAUGAUCGUCCUGGGAGCCAUCAACAUUCACGACUGCCCUAUCCAACGAAUGAUCCCGAUCUACUUGCUCGUUUUCGGCUGUUUUGGAAUCCUCAAGAACAUCAUCUCCCUCUACGAGCGCUACAAGAAUCACCGAGAGAACGAAACCGAAAACAACGCCAAGCAGAACCCCUUGGAAGUCAUGAUCAACUGUUUUCUCCUGGCUUGGUUCAUCGCCGGGAACUACUGGAUCUAUUCGGUGCACAGGGCGGUGAACAUGGACGAUCCGACCCACGAGUAUUACUGUGACCCCACGGCAUACCUGUUCGCAUUCUGGGUCACAACCACGGCCUACAUCUUCGUGGGGUUGCUGAUCAUCUGCGUGUGUUGUACAGCGUUCUGUACGUCUGUUACAACGUAGGACUUUCUGGUGUACAGCUUAUACUUUUUAAGUUAUAGACCCCCGCCCCCAACUUUUGCCCCGCCCCCUCGUCCUAAAAGAGCAUAUACUAUAUAAUAUAGUAUAUUUGCAUCUACUGUCAUAGUAAAAUACUGUGUGUGUGUUGUACAGUGUUUUGUACUUCUCUUGCAACAACAUAAGAUUUUUCUGGUGUACAGCUCAUAGACCCCACUCCAAUCCCAAAGCCCCUCCCGUCCCUACCCCAUCCCCACUCUCCUGGUUAACUGUGCAGAUAUUACAGGUUUGAGAUAGCAGAACCUGUAUUGUAAUCCUCAUAUAUUGUAAGGCGUGUGUGUU